GAAGAGGAAGGAGCCGGCUGAGCGCAGUGAGGUGGCAGCGGCUGCGGCAGCGGAGCCUGCGUUUCAGCCGGCGUUGGGGUCUGUUUCCCAUUAGGGGCCUUAACGACUUGCAGGGGCGUCGGGGGCUGCUGCCGAGAGUAGGAAGGGAGUCGUCCCGCUUCUCCGUCCCCCACGUCCACACCCCAGGACGGGCUUGCCGAGCCAGCAACCCGGGCCACAGCUGGGUCGCCCUUGGUCCUUCCUCCGCCAGCACCGGCCCUGGCUGCAGGGGCCCUCUUAGGUGCUUGGGUGGCCCCCUUUGCCCCCCGCCCAGCUGCUCGGGCUGUCUCUCUGGUGCAUUCAGGGCCUUUGCCCCCCAACGACGGGUCUGAGAACGGAGCUUUCCUCUUGUCUCAGCAGCCCUCAGCGACGCGCGAUCUAAGUGCUUCUGCCGCCGGCCACCCUUCCUCUUAAUGCUCGUCUUGCCUAGCUCCCAGCUCUUAAACCAAAGCCGAACAAACUGAGCUUAGUCCCCCUCCUACCCUUUUCGGCAGCUCCUUGACGUCGCUGAUUUUAUUGGUGUUUUGAGACUAACGCCUAAAACUAAGCUUUUGGCCUUCUUUCUAGGACUAGAAUUUGUCUUUCAGGGCUGAGAGGUUGAGCAGGAGCGCAGGUCCACUGGCCAUGUUCCUAUGCGAAGCCAGCUGAACUUCUGUUUGCCUUAUACAGAAUCCCGGCAUGGUCUCCAGCUUCUUGUACUCACGUUUUUUGUGUGUGUUUUUUGUACUCGGGGUCCUUUCUGGUAAAACCAGAUAUAGAAUAGCUCUUCUCUCAAGAGAAAGGUGAGGCGAGACCAACUUCUCAGCAGCUGGAAUUCGGAGAAGGCCGUGCAAAAGGGCUUUCCUAGCCACUGUGCUCUUCUGAGAGGAUCUCAGUGCUGACUCACGUAACUGUUUACCUCAUUGGCUGGGACGGACUUCUCUGCAUUCUGUGCAGGAUGCUGGUUGCCCUUUGAUCAUUCCUGACUUGGAGGAAGGGGUUAAUCUAGCCCCAACCCCUUCUCUUGUUCCAGGCUUCAGUAAUCAGCAGUCGCUCCUUGGGUAAAUUGAGUGAGAAACUGUCCUGAGCCAGGUGUUCCUUAGAAGGGGCUGAGGGAGGCAGGGUUGGUACCUGUUUUGACAGGUCAUGUGCUUUUCUCACACCCCUUCUUUAUCAGGUGCUGCUGUCUCUUGACUUAGACCCAGUCUGCAGAUGUGUGUAGUCCUUCUUUUUAGGUUGGGUUUGGCACUAUUGAUUUUGUUUCUUCCCCUUUCCACUGGAAGAUAGUACGUGAUCCCAGUAGUGAGUGGAAUUUGUUGCUACUUGGGCCGAGGGUUAGAUGUAGCACCUUGACAGUUGAAGACCAGGCAGAGAAGUGAAGACGAGACAGUCAAGCUUCCUGGAGGAGUCUGGGCCUGGAGGCAUUAAUGCCUUGCUCUGUUGUUGACCUCACUGACCCCAGAUUCCCUGGUUAAAACUCAAGGCCUACUGCUGGCCUGGCGCCCUCAACCCCAUUGAUCCUGGAGGCUGUGCCCUCUGGGGCACCCACAUGGCAGUACCUACCACCAUGCGACUGAACUCCCUUUUGGCUCUGUUGCGACCAGCACUGCCCCUCAUCCUAGGGCUGUCUCUGGGAUGCAGCCUUAGCCUCUUGCGGGUUUCCUGGGUCCAGGGUGAGGGAGAAGAUCCCUGUGUAGAGGCUGUGGGAGACCUGGGAGGGCCUCAGAAUCUGGACUCAAGAAUUCGGCUGGAUCACAGUGAUGAAGACUUCAAACCCCGGAUUGUCCCCUACUACAGGGAUCCCAACAAGCCCUACAAGAAGGUGCUCAGGACUCGGUAUAUACAGACAGAGCUGGGCUCUCGUGAGCGGUUGCUUGUGGCUGUCCUGACUUCUCGAGCCACGCUGUCCACUCUGGCUGUGGCUGUGAACCGCACAGUGGCUCACCACUUCCCUCGGUUACUCUACUUCACUGGGCAGCGAGGGCCACGGGCCCCGGCAGGGAUGCAGGUGGUAUCUCACGGGGACGAGCGGCCGGCCUGGCUCAUGUCCGAGACUCUGCGCCAUCUGCACACACACUUUGGGGCCGACUACGACUGGUUCUUCAUAAUGCAGGAUGACACAUACGUGCAGGCCCCCCGCUUGGCAGCCCUUGCUGGCCACCUUAGCAUCAACCAGGACCUAUACCUGGGCCGGGCUGAGGAAUUCAUUGGCGCUGGGGAGCAGGCCCGGUACUGUCAUGGUGGUUUUGGCUACCUGCUGUCACGCAGUCUCUUGCUCCGGUUGCGGCCAUACCUUGAUGGCUGUCGAGGAGACAUUCUCAGUGCCCGUCCUGACGAGUGGCUUGGCCGCUGCCUCAUCGACUCUCUGGGGAUUGGCUGUGUCUCCCAGCACCAGGGGCAGCAGUAUCGCUCAUUUGAACUGGCUAAAAACAGGGACCCUGAGAAGGAGGAGAGCUCGGCUUUCCUGAGUGCCUUCACAGUGCACCCUGUCCCCGAGGGGGGCCUCAUGUACCGGCUGCACCAGCGCUUCAGUGCUCUGGAGUUGGAGCGGGCUUACAAUGAAAUCGAACAGCUGCAGGCUCAGAUCCGGAACCUGACAAUGCUGACCCCCGAGGGGGAGGCAGGUCUGAGCUGGCCCAUUGGGCUGCCGGCCCCUUUCACCCCACACUCUCGUUUUGAGGUGCUGGGCUGGGACUACUUCACAGAGCAGCACACCUUUUCCUGUGCAGAUGGGGCUCCCAAAUGCCCGCUGCAAGGGGCUAGCAAGGCGGAUGUGGGCGAUGCUGUGGAGACCGCCUUGGAGCAGCUGAAUCGGCGCUAUCAGCCCCGUCUCCGCUUCCAGAAACAGCGGCUCCUCAAUGGUUACCGGCGUUUCGACCCAGCCCGGGGCAUGGAGUACACCCUGGACUUGCUGCUGGAAGCCGUGACUCAGCGUGGCCACCGGCGGGCCCUGGCCCUCAGGGUCAGCCUGCUGCGGCCGCUGAGCCGUGUGGAAAUCCUGCCCAUGCCGUAUGUCACCGAGGCCACCCGUGUGCAGCUGGUGCUGCCGCUCCUGGUGGCUGAAGCUGCCGCAGCUCCUGCCUUCCUGGAGGCCUUUGCAGCCAGUGUUCUGGAGCCACGAGAACAUGCCCUGCUCACCCUGUUGCUGGUCUAUGGGCACCGGGAUGGUGGCCGAGGGGCCCCAGACCCAUUUCUUGGGGUGAAAGCUGCAGCAGCUGAGUUAGAGCGGCGGUACCCUGGGACGAGGCUGGCCUGGCUUGCUGUACGAGCUGAGGCUCCCUCCCAGGUGCGGCUCAUGGAUGUGGUCUCUAAGAAGCACCCAGUGGACACACUUUUCUUCCUCACUACUGUGUGGACAAGGCCUGGAACUGAGGUCCUCAACCGUUGCCGCAUGAAUGCCAUCUCAGGCUGGCAGGCGUUCUUCCCAGUGCACUUUCAGGAGUUCAACCCCACCCUGUCACCACCGCGGUCACCCCCAGGGCCCCUUGGGGCUGGCCCUGAUCCCCCGUCCCCUCCUGGUGGUGACCCUUCCCGAGGGGCUUCUGUAGGGGGCAGAUUUGAUCGACAGGCGUCCGCUGAGGGCUGCUUCUACAAUGCAGACUACCUGGCAGCCCGAGCCCGGCUGGCUGGUGAACUGGCAGGCCAGGAAGAGGAGGAAGCCCUGGAGGGGCUGGAGGUGAUGGAUGUUUUCCUCCGGUUCUCAGGGCUCCACCUCUUCCGGGCCGUAGAGCCAGGGCUGGUGCAAAAGUUCUCCGUGCGGGACUGUAGCCCCCGGCUCAGUGAGGAACUCUACCACCGCUGCCGCCUCAGCAACCUGGAGGGGCUGGGGGGCCGCGCCCAGCUUGCCAUGGCGCUGUUUGAACAGGAGCAGGCGAAUAGCACUUAGCACACCUGAGGGGUCCUCUGCCUCCUUGUACCUCCCUUUUCUGCCUUAGCCUCGGAAGGGCAAGGCAAGAUGGGUGGACGAUGGAGAGCUUGUUGGUGUAUUUUUCUAACAAGAAAAUGCUAUUAAAAGUGUCUUCUGCCAAACUGUGUUUAGGCCUAGGGAAAAUGGAGUAAGAAGCAGCUGAGGGCAGGUGUGGAAGUUUUCCCAA